AGCACGCUAAACUUGUCUCGGCUAUUGAAGAGUCGGUUGUUUUUGUCUGAUACUGUUAUGGCCCGCAUCAAACAAACUGCUCGUAAAUCGACCGGUCGUAAGGAUAGCAAGAAUUUACAGAAAAAAUUAGGUGCAAAGGUUGGACGAAAAUCGCACCGUGACAAGUCUGGUGACGUGAAGACUAAACCACAUCGCUACAGACCAGGUAUCGUAGCUCUUCGUGACAUCCGACGUUACCAGAAGAGUACAGAGCUGCUGCUUCUAAAAAUGCCAUUCCAACGCCUUGUUCGUGAAAUCACAUUGCAAUUCAGCAAAGAUAUCAGGUACCAGUCUGCUGCUCUCGGCGCUUUGCAGGAAGCGGCUGAAGCUUACUUGGUUGGUUUAUUCGAAGACACCAAUCUGUGUGCAAUCCACGCUAAACGCGUCACCAUUAUGCCAAAGGAUAUUCACCUUGCUCGUCGAAUUCGAGGUGAUAAAUAGAAUCCACCAUAGACAUAAUGCAAUCCAAUUACGUAACAUUGUAAUCAGGAGUAUUUUGUUCUGCUCUAGUUUUAUUUUUUGCUGACGAAUGUCAGUAUCUGUGAUGUUAUUUAUUUUUAUUAAUAGUUUAUAUAGUGGUGCGUGGGCGAAUACAACUCGUUCCGAACACUGUUAUGUAACAGUGCGUGUUUCUCAGCACUGGCUAUGGGCUGUUCCCGAAAUGCACUACGAGAGUGUUUCCUGUCCAGACCCGUUCACAUGUGUGAUCUGUGGGGACAAUAUUUGAAAAGACACUAGCACAAAAAUGCCAAUGGAAGGCGGUACUUAACAUGUGCAAUAUUUCUUUUUUUUUAAAUUGCGUUACACGGUCGACGGAAAGUUGUGCGAUGCAACACCCUCUUUGUGGUAAAGGGGCGAUUGACGCAGCUGGUCUGAAAAAAAACAAAAAAAAAAACGUUGCAUAACAUUUGAUUUUGGGUCACAUCAUUCCCGAAGAGAUCAGCUACAUUGCAAGAAGGACAAAAUGGUUUUGUACUUUUUCAUAAGUUGGAAAACUGCAUGCUGCACAACUUACUUCUGAUGUGUGUACAGAGCACAAGUAAUUAUUUUAAGUGAUUUUUAUUUGUAAUACAAAAGAAACGAGUGUAUAUUAAUAACUUUAAUUUGAGUGUUCCUGUGUAAAUAUGUGUAUUUCCCGUUUUUAGGAUGCCACUAAUGAUGAAACAAGGACCAAGUCGUGAAACUAGUUUGUUAUUUUGAUUAAACAAAACGUACGUUUGUAUUUACCCCAUUAAA